CCUUUAUUUUCCUCGUGUCUCUCGUUUAGAAGGUGCGCUGCUUGUUACCGCUGCGGCCGCGUGCCUGGAUGCUGUGUUGCUGUGUUUUACAGUGAUCGAUCGACUGUUCAAAUCUCUCGACCGUGCAUCACCUCGCUAAUGAUGACGUCAUGGAGGAAUGCCUUACCUACCCUUAAUAAGUACUGUGAGUAGAAACAUACAGUACAGCACCAAGUAGUAGCAAAAGCCACAUAGACGCCUGAGGAUACCGUGAGCAUGCACAUGCACAUGCACAUGCGAUAAACGCACGUCACGUGUGGGGGAUACUAGUGCCGAGAGCGGCGGCGUGGCGCACCUCGUCUCGCGGCAACGUUAUCUCUCGCAGCCAUGCUCGGGAUUCCAUGACAGUAGCGAAGUCUAUGAGGGGCGGAUGAGACGCGUCUACCACUGCGAGUCAAACGGCUGGAGUCUGGAACGAACGCGGGAUUUUCUACCGUAUACAUGAAAGGAACGCACGUUAUCCUUCGGAACGUAAGGAUCGUGCUAGGAACGUAAAGGUGUUCAAUAUUUCGAUAACUCGCUUACGUGCGUUCGCUAACAACUCUAGCUGCUGCGGAAAGCGAGGCGUUCAGCAUCUCGAUAGCUCGGCGAGUCUGGCGUUCAAGAACAACUAACCGUUCGUUAAUCGAUCUGGUGGCUGGAAAGAGACUCAGUACGGCGACGCACGCGCGCACGCACACACACCCCCCGCUACCCGGAUAUUUGUCAACGUCCCGUAGUCGGUGUUUCGCUUGAGUGCGCGCGUGAGGAGAAAGCGCCUCAUUCUCUACUCAUCUAUGUGAGUAGCAGCGGCCAGAUUGAAACGAGCUUACACAAACACACGCACGCGACGACGGCAGACGUGAAGCUGCGCCACGCUCACAGUUAACUGAAGGCAAGGCGACCGCUAAGACACGGUGCUGAAGGCAGUGGGAGGUGUAACGCACACACGGCAGCGGCGUGACAGCAGCACACAGCAGCGAUGUCGAACGGCUACGACGGCAAGGAACGCUUCGCGAUGAGCUCCGAGAGCGGCACGGGCAGCACCAGCGGCAGCAGCAGCAUCAAGUUCAAGGAGAGCAAGGGCGUGUUUCUCUCGCGCGCCGCCGCAGUGCUACUGGCACUGAUAGCCGUCGCCUGCGUCAUCGGCGUCGGCGUCAUCGUCGCCUACACGAAGCCCGGCUGCGACGACGCGUCCGGCGCCGGCAGCGCCGCCGGAGAACCGCGACCGGAAGCGGAAGCGGAGCCGAGCGCGUCGCGACCGACGGACGUGCGACUUCCGCGCGGCGUCGUGCCGCUGCAUUACAACGUCGAGCUGCGGCCAAACCUCGACCCGACCGUGUUCAAGUUCGACGGAUGGGUGGAGAUACUGAUCGAGUGUCGCCAGCCGACCGACAACGUGACGAUGCACGUCAACAAGCUGACGACGCGCAACGGCGCGCUGCGGUCGGCCGACGCCUACGCCGACGACGACACGCCGACGAUCGCGUCCGUGUCGCGCGACGACGCGAAGCAGUUUCUCAUCUACGAGCUCAGAGGCAAGCUGCACGCGGGAAGGAGGUACUGGAUACGCAUGGACUUCGAGGGAGACUUGGAGGACGACCUCGUGGGACUUUACCGAAGCAAGUACACGACAAGCACGGGAGAAGUAAGGUAGGUGGUAUGCUGCCGCGUAGGCGGAACAUAUGUGUCUAUAUGUUGUCAUUAGGCGGCCAUGUGUCUAUA